UCUUCCAAAGAAAGUGAAAUAAAUAACACAUUUACACUAUGUAACAGUUUGGUUCUCUUAUGUUCCCAUGGCUAUGUUGCUGGUUAUAGACCACAGAGAAUGUCUUUCUCUCUCUCUCUCUCUCUCCCUCUCCCUCUCUCUCUCUCUGUGUCAUAGAUUCUUAGGGGAAAUCUCACACAGGAAAGGUUUAAAUUUACGGGACCGCCCACAGUAAGCCAUUGCUUGCAUUAUGCACCUGCCUCACGUUUCAAGCAUUCGGUGUGUGAGGCAUUCACAGUGAUUAUUCUGCCGCACUGGUACCUGUGUUAUUGUGCUCUGUGAAGACUGAGGAUAUAUCCAAUAUUGCGCACGUCGUGGAGCGUCUUAUAUGUUUCUACUUCACAAACUUAUACACAAGUGUUAAAUACUGGGAAUAACUAUUUGAUACAUUCUGAAGAAUAUACUCGUAACGAAAGGAAUAAGGAGCGCAGAGAAGCAACUAACUAGAAGCAUGCCUUCACAAAAUCAGCUGACGUUUUGGAGCAGACCAGAGUAAACGCUUUCCUAAGAACCUCCUGUCUUACGAGACAGUUGUGAAUGUCAGUUAUACUGUACGCGUGGUCUAAACAGCCCGUGCCAAGUACUGGACAUCGCUGAAAUCAUGCAAUAAACGGCAGCAAUCUUGCACGAGACAUUCUCUCUGUAUUUCAGCCCCAAACUUCACCUGAUGUUGCUGCGUAGGUUGUUUGUGAUGGCAACUAUCGGAGAAGUCGGAGCGCUUUUACAAACCAUGGAUGCUUUUGGCCAUGUCGGGUCACACUUUCACGUAACAUCUCUUGGAGACAGUAUUGGCCCUCUGAGCGAUCACUCAGUGCCCGCGGAGAGACUCUCGCGCAGCACCACGGCGGACUUAGCCCAUUUAAAAGGAAUUCAUCGCAGACGGCAGUUGUACUGCAGAACUGGAUUUAACCUUGAAAUACUCCCAGAUGGCACCGUCCAGGGCACAAGAAAAGACCACAGUCGAUUUGGUAUUUUGGAAUUCAUAAGCCUUGCAGUUGGAUUAAUAAGCAUCAAAGGAGUGGACACUGGACUCUAUCUCGGGAUGAAUGACAAAGGAGAACUUUUUGGCUCUGCGGCACUCACCAAGGAGUGUAUCUUCAAGGAAGCCUUCGAGGAGAACUGGUAUAACACAUAUGCCUCCUUGAAGUACAAGCACAAUGGAGAGAAGGGGGCAGCCUACUUUGUGGCACUGAACAAGGAUGGGACACCACGAGAUGGGACUAAGUCUAGGCGGCACCAAAAGUUCACACACUUUCUGCCCAGGAUAGUGGACCCUGACAAAGUGCCAGUACUUAACAAGGACAAUGUAGGACAAAGCUGAGUUUCCGAUUAAAGCCGGAACGGAUGAGGUGCAGAAUCGCUCUGGUUCCCAUUUCGUCUUUGGAGACAAGGGAUGGAAGUGAAGACCGCUGGCACAAAAACGUGGCCAAGACAGCUAACAUGAAAGAAGAAUGGUCAGUGGGCUCCUGCUGGAUUGCACCGGCCGCUCGCUGGGGUCACCUGUCCGAGACUCUCUGCCUGCACACUGGGAGCCAUUCGGGCCUGUUGGUCUCACUAGAUAAAGCCCUGCACCACCUGAGGAGAGGAGGGCGAGAGAAGGAGGCUAAAGGUGUGUGAUAGGAUUCCAACGCUGAUCUGCAGAGAAGGACUCUCCAGUGACGUGUUUCCCAUUAGCUGUGUUUCCUCGAACAGAGAAGCAAAGAACAGCUGGGAGACAGUGUCCAAUAUAACAUAAAGACUGAGUGCCACAGUGCAUUGCUGAAGAGACGUUGUGUAGAGGACUGUGAAGGUAUCCUGCUUCUUGAAGACUUCUAAAUGUAAAGUAUAGAGGCUGGAUUGUCGACUGUUAUGUCAGUGUGGUUUAUUUAUGCAUUUUUUUUUCAGUACAUGUAUUUAUUUGAAAUAUUUAUUUAUUGAAGAAUAUAUAUUUUUACACAUAACUACACAACUAGACCAAACAAUUAGGAAUUGUAUCAAAAUAGUGUCUCAAACAAUUCUUUUCAUCUGACCAAAGAAAAUAC